UCUGACAAUCCUCCUUGUUACUCUUCAUCUGUAACCAUGGAGACGGUGGUGAUCGUGGCCAUAGGUGUACUCUCCACCAUCUUCUUGGCAUCAUUUGUGGCGCUGGUUGUUGUGUGCCGUCAUCGUUACUGCCACCCUCCGGACUUCCUGCACCACUUCCAUUCCAAACCUACAGUGGACCUGAUGGGAGCGAUGGAGACUCAGAGUGAACCGUCAGAGCUGGAGCUGGAUGAUGUGGUCAUCACCAAUCCUCACAUUGAGGCCAUGCUGGAGAACGAAGACUGGAUCGAAGAUGCCUCUGGUCUUGUGUCCCACUGCAUUGCAAUUCUGAAGCAUCGUUACUCCAGUUUUCAGUGUCACAUGAAGUUGAUCAGACACAUCUGAGAGUGUGGGAACUGACGCUGAGCUGCUUUGUGCCAUCACAGGGUGGAUGAUGUGGUUCGAUCUAUGUACCCUCCAAUGGACCCCAUUCUUCUGGAUGCCAGGGCGACAGCAUUACUAUUGUCGGUCAGUCACUUGGUACUGGUGACAUGAAACACCUGUCACAUGUCUGGCAGCCUGGACUGGAUCGACCAAUCACUGCAUGCCGCUGAGGAUCACAUGGUCGUGUUUAAAGUUACUCAAGAACAUGUGCACGAAUGCACCUUUAAAGAAUAUGAUAUUUAGUGGAUGAUACCUCAGCACAUCCAUGAUAUGAGAGAGAAAGGCAUCUUAACUUAGCCGUACUUUCAAACUCACUCUUUCACUGUUUGUCAUUUAUAUGUCGGUUACAAGUUUAAUCACUAGUCAUACUGUCUGAUAUGUCCUCAUGCUGGAUUUAUAUGUAGAUGUUGAUGACAAAAAGAGACAAUCGAACGCAAAAAAAAAUGGUUUCGCUAAAUAAUGUAUAAACCAAACAAGGUCUGUAUUUUCUUCCGUGUCUCUUUUAUUUGAGACUACAUAGUGUAUUUUUUAAAUAAUAUAAAAUGUUUCAGAUGCAGAAAUUGUGGGUUAUUUCCUUUUUUCCCAGUUCAGUCUUUUUUAGUAAGUAUUAAGUCAAGUCACAAAUUUAUAUGUCACUAUCGUACAAUCAUGUCAAGUUAAUAAAGCACUUUCAUAUUAGUGUUUUUCUCUUAUUUUUCACUCUCAUGAUGUUCAACGUUCAAAUGUUUGGUUUCAGUAACACUUUGUUUUUGUUUUUGUUUUUUUUUAUGAAGUCUCGACUAUGCUCACCAAGGCU